UUUUUUGCAGCUGCCAGCAAUCUGGACUGGUGUCUGUUGUCGUACUGUAGUUUCUUGACGAAGAUGAUGACAAGACGAGCAAGGACGGCGUUGGCAUAUUUGUUGGUGUUUCUGGUAGCCUUUCCGCUGGAUCUGAUACUUCCUUGUCAUGCACAACAAGAGACUAGCCAAGAAUCGGAACAAGAACCGCCAACAUUGACCACCACCGUGACAAUCCCCAAAGAUCCAAAGAUUGAUGAUGCCGGUGAUACUAUCAAAAGCAACGGCAAGAAGACUGAAUCACUGGACGAGGUUCAAGACAAAGUUCAAGAGGACAAGACUGAGGAUAUUCCUGGACAAAUAGAUGAUGUCGAGCUAUCAACUUCAGACAACAGUUUCAUAAGCGUCGUGGAGAAUGAUGCACCAAGAAUAGAGAAAGGCGAGGAGAGCACCGAUGAUAGCUCCAAUGCAGACAAGGAGCCAGAUGCUGCCUCUGUGGAUGAACCAAUAGAACCCAAUGCGGAUGAAGAAGCAACCGACUCCUCUGCUACCACAGCACACGAUGACAGUGAGCCUGCCGAUGCUGAUGCACACGUUGAUACAACAACAAAAGCAACCGAUAUGGAAAAUAGUGCAACAGCAGAACCAGAGGACGCUGAAAGCAAACAUAAUGAUAUGGCAGCAAAAGCAGCAGAGGGCAAUGAAGGCAUAGAGAUUGAAGCAACGAAAACGAAGUCGGCAAAGAAUGACGCUGCUGAAAGUGACACGGACACUGCAACAAUAGAGACUCCUGUCAGUCAGGAAACAGAUGAGUCUACAGAAGAGGAACCCCAGUCGUCAUCGUCCGAAAAAGAUUCUUCCCAAGAACAGGCAGAUACAGCAGAGACAACAGAGACCAGUAGUCAAGAAGAGCCACUAUCGGGGCCCGUGGACUCGGAGACAACAGAGACGACAACGACUCCCGAAGAGGGUAAGAAAGCAGAAGAGGAGAAGCAGGAGACACAAUCAGAAGAGAAGGAGGCCGAGAAGCAGCGGACUGAGACGGGGAGCUCAGAAGAGGAGAGUACAGAGGAGAAGCCCACCACCGAGUCAGCGGAAGAGGAGAACACAAACGAACAACCCGCAGAAUCAGUGGACUCAGACCAAGUGGAGACCGAGUGCAGAGAAAGCAACAGCGCCACAGGAAAAGGAAGCAGAAGAGAGAGCGAAGCCCUCAACUGCGACAAUAUGAUUCAUCGACUGCACAAUAAGGGAAGAGCAACGGAAGGAGAAGCCGCACCACUGAAUCAGUGA